UCAGAGUCUCUCUCUCUGACUCACACACCUAACUUCAUCAAGAUUCAAUUUUGACGCUUACCCUCUUUUUCUUUCCUUAUAUAUAGUAUUUUAGCACUAAACUCUUUUCCUCUCUUUCAACCUUUAUUGGCUAGGGUUUUUCCACGGUUCCCUUUCUCCCCCAAUUUCCAGCACCGACUGUCUUUGAAUAAUUGGGAAGGGAUUUAAGUUCUGCGUUUCAAGCGUUGAUGUGCUGGGAGUUAUGAGAUUGUGUUUUGCUUGUGGUGAAGGGAACCAUUCUUUUGAACCUGAAUACUUGUGUUUAUAAGAUGCCAUCCAAUAAUUACUUUUCAAAGCUAAGUUCAAUUGUGCAGAAGAAGGGUGGAAUCAAGUGCUGUUCUGAGGUUCUGAUUGGGCAAGGGAGAUUGUGGUUUGGUUUGGAUUCAAGGCUUUUCCAUUCUAUGAAUUUCUCAUCCUGUAUGGACCUUAACCGAAUUGGUGGUGUUGGAUUGACUUCAAGUUCAGAACUAGGAAGGAGAACCUUGUCUGUAGCCGACACGUUGUCGCGUACAGUUUCGACUCCAUCCAUAUCAGGGCCUUCAUUUCAGGUCUGUGGAUACCACAUUGGUCGUUCACUUUCUAGACCUGAGCAGUUUUCGGCCGCCACGAAACCUCAGAGUAAAACUAUGGCUAGUCCCUUGCCCAGAGCUAUGUUUGGAGAAUGCUAUUUAGAUAACCCAAAUUUGAAGUGUGGUUGCCGAUCACCGUCGAUAAAGAAUAGGAGUAAUAUCGGUUUAAGCAAGAGUUUGGCCAAUGGGAAAAAAGUCAUGAUGAGUUUGGAAAAUAAUCAUCGGCCAGAUAAUUCAGUGAUUUAUGGAUAUUUUGUUUACAGUGCUGCAAAGACAUGGUUCAGUUCUCAUGCUUACACAGAGCCUUGGUCUAAAGGUUUUCAUAGCUCGCUGGCAUCAUCUUCCUCGGUUGGGCCUGCUCAUGAUGUACAUUUUGACUCCUCCUGGGAAGAGCAGCUAGCAAAUUCUGCAGAGUCAGCUGAACAGAAAAACCCUGUGUGCCAAAACCUCAAGUUAGUAUCAGGAUCAUGCUACUUGCCUCAUCCCGAUAAAGAAGAAACUGGUGGAGAAGAUGCCCAUUUUAUAUGUUCACAGGAACAUGCAAUUGGUGUGGCCGAUGGUGUUGGUGGCUGGGCAGAUAGUGGUGUUAAUGCCGGAUUUUACUCUCGUGAACUCAUGUCCCAUUCGGUAGAUGCUAUUCAGGAGGAGCCUAAAGGUUCAAUUGACCCUGCUAGGGUGCUGGAGAAAGCACACUCAAUUACAAAAGCUAUGGGUUCCUCUACAGCAUGCAUCAUCGCACUUACUGACCAGGGUCUUAAUGCUAUUAAUGUGGGAGAUAGCGGGUUUAUGGUGAUCCGUGAUGGGUGCACUGUAUUCCGAUCCCCUGUGCAGCAACAUGGCUUCAAUUUCACCUAUCAGCUUGGUACUAAUGGUGAUUUACCUAGUUCUGGUCAGGUUUUCACAAUUGCUGUUGCUCCUGGAGAUGUCAUCGUCGCCGGUACAGAUGGUCUGUUCGAUAACUUAUACAACAACGAGAUUACGGCGGUCGUGGUUCACGCUGUAAGAGCUGGAUUUGGUCCGCAGGUGACAGCCCAGAAGAUAGCUGCGUUGGCGCGUCAACGAGCGUUAGACAAAAACAGGCAGACCCCUUUCUCGACUGCGGCUCAAGAUGCCGGAAUUCGUUACUAUGGCGGCAAGCUUGAUGAUACUACAGUUGUAGUUUCAUAUAUUACUGGCACAAAGAAUGCAUAAAUUUUCAUUUUGAUGUGUCCCCCUUCCCGUUAUAGGCUGUAUAUAUUAGCCAUUUUGUCCUGGUGGUGACUUAAUUGUGAUUAUAGGAUUGUAGUUAGAAUUUAGAAACAUAUCGUAGUGAAGUUCUGUUGAGAUACUCCCAUUGAAUUUGAAGUUUCUAUUGGUUCUAUUUAUUAUCCCAAGUUUUAAUAAUUGCUUCAGUGUGAGAACUGAAAAAAGAUUAUUAUGUAGCUCCAAUUUGAGAGUGAAAGUAAUUUUUUAUUUUGGUGAAUGA